AUGCCUUCUAUGAGAGCAGUCCGUUUUCACGGUCCUAAGGACAUAAGGCUCGACCACGUUGAGGAGCCCGUCUGCGGCAAGGGCCAGGUAAAGCUCCGAAACGGCUACUGUGGAAUCUGCGGGAGCGACCUGCACGAAUGGACAGCAGGGCCUGUCCUCAUUCCGAAAGAGCCUCACAAUAUCACCAAAUCAACGGCGCCGGUCAUUAUGGGUCAUGAAUUCGGUGGAGUCGUCGAGGAGGUUGGCGAAGGCGUCACACAUCUAUCUCCAGGGCAAAAGGCCGUGGUACGACCAACAAUCUUUGACCGCAAAUGUCCACCCUGCAAACUUGGGUACGAGUACUGUUGCGAGAACAUUGGCUUCAUCGGUCUAUCAGGGUACGGUGGUGGAUUCGCCGAGCACGUCGUCGCACCUGCGGAACACUUCUACCCUAUCCCCGACAACAUCUCGAUGGAAUCCGCAGCGAUGAUCGAACCGCUGGCCGUUGCAUGGCACGCUGUGAAUCUGUCCCCAUUCAAAGAAGGCGAUAGUGUUCUUAUUGUGGGCGGAGGGCCACUUGGUCUGUGUAUCCUACAAGUCUUGAAGAUGCGCGGAGCCAAAUUCACAAUGGUUGCCGAAUUGAUGGAGAGCCGAAAAAAGUCCGCGAAUGACUUUGGCGCAACGCAUAUUUUCGACCCUACGGAGGCCGACAUCCCAGAAAAAGUUCGCGAAUUGACGAACGGAAUUGGCGCAGAUGUCGUCUUUGAUACGGCUGGUGUCGAGAAAGCACUAGACGGUGCUAUUGGAGCCUGCCGUGUACACGGAACCAUCGUCAAUGUCGCCGUUUGGGAGAAGCGACCGUCUAUUCGAGUCAACGAGAUGAUGUACCACGAGGUGAAAUACCUCGGUGCAGCAUUGUACGACGAAAAGUCAUUCACGAGUGUGAUUGAAGCUAUCGCAAAAGGCGAGCUCCAGCCGGAGGGGAUGAUCACGGACAAGAUUGGGCUGGAAGAUGUGAUAGAGAAAGGAUUCAAGUCGUUACUGGGAGGCAGAGACAAGCACUGCAAGAUCCUGGUUGAUCCGCAGGCGUAA